UCAUCAUCCCUAACGUGAAAUUGCACGCAGCUCUGGUGAAAAGUAUAAACAGUGCUUCUUCUUGGUAUACCUUAAUAUAAUUGUUUAUUGGAUUUGUGUCCUAAAUAUAAUGAAAUAAACACUAUACUAAGCAGUAAUUUGGUUAUUUUGUUCCAACGCCUUGAGCGCCAUGAAGGACAACAAAAUCCUUCAGCUAAUUAACGUGGCAUGGCGUGAACGCUGGACUGACUCACAGUGGGGCAUCAACAUAAAAAAGGUCCUACCACGGGGCGUCAGUGGCGAUGUUUAUAAUCUGGCUGAUUGUCUACUGCAGCAGGCAGUGAUUGGCUCCACAGCGAAUUCGCUGGUUUUGAACUAUCUGAAGCAUUCGCUGUGCGCACACUUCGUCUCCCAUGCCGCUGUGCUGCGCUGCAUAGCCAAAUACGAUAAGCUGGGUCGUGUUUAUUGCGUUACUGCAUUGCUUGAGUUUCUGGUCAGCAUUAUAGAUGGCAUCACCUGUCGCACCAAGUCGGAGGAGGCGCUGCUGCCUGCGGCUGUUGUCCAGCUAGUGUUGUGGAUCAUGCAAAUCUUUGCAAGUACUCUGCAGCAAUAUGAAAUGCGCGGCGAACUGAGUGCGGAGCUGUCGUAUAUGUUGGAUCAGAGCUGUCUGCUCGUCGAGCACCUCACGCAGCAACAGUUUGUGCUGGCCAUGUUGAAUGUGGGCUGUCACGAAGAGGUGGAAUCGCUGGACAGGCUGCAUGAUCUUUAUGCCAAUAUUAAAGCGUCUCUAACCAAUUCAAACUUUACGCUGAGUGCUGCAACAGCCGAACAGCAACUCAAGCAGUUGGCUUAUAUUGAUGCCAAGCACUUGGACCUGCAGAUGUUGAAUCCAAGUCCUAGUUUGGAAAAGAUUUCGUGCUGUGUGCAACCAUUGCUCGCAGUGGAGGUGCUUUUGAAUCCCUGCAAGGACACCUCGUACUAUGUGGCAGAGCUGCAGAUGCUGCAGCGCCUGAAGGGCUAUACGAAUACACGUCUAUUCUAUGAGAUUAUACGCGCGGGCUUUCUCACGCUCAGCAAUGUGGCCGACACUAGUCCGGACACCAUGUGGGGAGCCUUCAUGUUCUUCAAGAUGCCGCACAUUAUCAAACAGUUGCAUGCACUACAGCGUGUACCAGGCGAGCAGCAGCUGGCUGCCACAGAUUACAUACCCGAGUUGGUGGAGGCCCUGGAGCUGCUUAUCGAGGACAAUUUGUUACUGGACUUUAUGGACACCAAGUGCUCAUGCAAUAUUAUAGAGUUCCUGCUCAACGACUGGACCAAACAGCAGCUUGUCAAUGAUGUGCAUGUCAAGAAGUUUGCCAGCCAGCGGGAGGCCGCUUCACAGCUGCUCAAGAAGUGCGACAAUGGUCAGCAAACGCCUUCUAAUAUAAAUUUCAUCAAACGAGCUGAAGUGCCGCUUUCUGGGGUGCUCAAAACGUUGUGCACUAACAAGAUGCAAGAUAUGCUGAAAGUUCUCUGCCAGGUGCCAGUGGGCAACAGCUUUGAACUAAUACUAUCGGUGGCCACGGUGGAGGGUCGCCUGAAGACUUUUGUCUCUCGUCUGAUACAGUGCAAUGAAAACUCGAAGCAGGUGCCCGGGGAACUGGGCAAACAGUGUAUCACACGCUCCACUCUGUUCGAUGUCUCAUUCCUGAUGCUCAGCAGCAUUGUGCAGACCUAUGGAUCAGAUGUGGUCCUCCCCGAUCGCGGCGAUUCGUUCUUCGAGAAGUGGGUUCGCGAAUGCAUGAUGGAGCGCAAUAAGCUAAAGAAUCCUCGCCAGAUUCUUGCCCUCUGUGAUGACAGCAUAGUGGAUGAGCUGCUCUUGAGCUUGAGCAAACCAGAGGCAGCACAAUUGAAACCAAACAAUCUGACUUGGCAGGACAUAUGCCUUAAUUUGCCAGGCGUAUUGCAUCAUGUGCUGAUUGCCUGGGAGCAGGAAACACUAUCCUCAGCGGAUGUAAAGAGCAUUUUGGAUAAUAUGAAGCGACGCCUCUUCAGCUUCUCUGUGUGUGCGACCUCAUAUCUGUGCGCCUACAUGUACUCCGUACGUGAAACAGAGCUGCUGAAGCCGUUGAAUAUGAUACAACAAUUUUUGGCUCCCCUCACCACUGAGGAGCUGUCCAGCCAGGAGAAUUCGAAGGAGCGCCUGGCGCUCUCCUAUCAAAUCAUUCGUAAAAUGCAGCACGAUGUGCAUCCAGCGCCAAACACCAAAUCUCGUCUCAUUUCCCAUACGCCGUUAAUUGAACAGUUUCGCGAAUGCUGGCGUAUUGUAUCAGAUGCUGGACACUUGCCGGUGCGCGCAGCCCAGACACUGGAAUCUUUGCUGCUGGCCGGCGGUGCGUCCUGGUUGGUCACCCAGUUGGUGGAGCAGUUGUUAAGCUGCAAAUACAUGCGCGACAUGGCCAAGUGCAUGGACAUUGUAUUUGCUGUAAUGCAUUUGGAUAUAGAGCGCAGCACGGAGGCAUUACUGCAGUACGUCGUAGCUCCGUUGAUCCUGAGGCGUCAAGGCGAUGACAUCAACGAACCACAGUCCCUGGUACUAGCACGCUUGAGCGUCUACUGCAUAAUUUCCUGCCUGGAGACGCGCAGCUCAACCAGCGCUGCUGCAGCUGCGUUUAAGAAACGUUCGCGCUCCCACGACGACGACGAAAUGACGGGCGUGGCGAAGGUGCGCAAGGUUGUCGGCGAUGGCAGCGACAAUUCGAAUGACUUUGCCGAUGGCAGCGCAGCGAAUGUUGCCGCUCUGCUAAACGCGCCCAGCGCUGAGCUCCGCGUUACCCCACUCAAUCUCAAGGAGCCGCUACAAGCGAGCAUUAAGCACAUAUUCCGUGUCUUUGUGCAAUUCGUUAGCGGCGAUGAGCUGUCGCCCAAGGCCGUCUUUGUCUAUCAGUUCAUCUCGCUGCUAGUGGAAUGUGGCGGCGAGCGUGUGACACCUGUGUUGCGACUGCUGCCGCCAAAUCUGAUGCAACAGCUGCUCAAAGUGUUGGCCACUGAUGAUAUACGCGUCGGUCUUAUCAGUCGCCUCUACGACCUGCGUCUGCAUGCCGGUCGACAAUCGGCCGUAGCCGAUCUUUGCCUAUGGCGAAAUAUGCAGUUGGCAAGGAACAGCAUACACCUGUGAGUAGGUGGCAAUAGCGUGGGCGAUAUAUACUAAAGUGAACCUAUAUUAAAUACACAUAUAAACUAGCAACAUCCUUGUCUCAAUGUUUAACAAAUACUAUUAGAAUUUAAAUCAGACUACGACUGUAGUUGCAACUCCACAAAAUAUUACGUAUACGCAACUGGAAAAGGAUCAAUUUUAGAGAUAUCUACUAAUACCACAGACAAAAAGUUUAGUUAUUACAACAAAAUAUGCUUCUUAAGGCCAUUCAUGACACAUCAAUGUUUGCGAGAAUUCCAGAAUUGAACGCAUUAAUUAUGAAUUCGCAACAAACUUCGUGUUUUCACUUUUAUAUCUUCUUUCAUCUUUGUUUUGUAGCUCCCUCGAAUGCAAUUAUAAAGAUGACAAAUUUUAUAAUUAUAAUAAUGUUGGCCUUAGACUAAAAACAAAUUGCUGACUCGACUCG